UAAAUUGAGUUUUCUGGUCUUGGUUAUCUCAGUGUGUGAUCAGCUGGGGGUGGGGGUGUCAUAUUUGAACGUACAAAAUAAUAUUUCAUUAUUAUAUUAAUAUGUAUUAUUAUUUAUAUUAUGUAUUUUAUUAUUUAUUGUCCCCAAUGUAUAGGCAUAAAUAGAUUUUUACCCUUUUCUUAAUACAACGUGCACUUUUAAGACUAUGUUGAACAACGCUCUUUACUCGCAACAUCUGCCAAACGCAACCUUUCUGUGACAUCACAUCAUACUGCAGUCCAUUCGCCAACCAGCAGCCUUGGAUGGGCCAAUGGCCAGAUAGCGUGAGCUCUGCUCACCGAAUACUCGCUUCUGAUUGGUUCGUUCUAAAGAGAGGAGGCGGGACGCUGCUGCCUACAAACUGCAAGAAGAUCCGCGCCCUCAUUAUCAUAAAUUAUUCAGCAUCACCUAGAAGCGUCGCACCAGCUCGAGUGCACUGAUGUGCUGGGUAUUAUACCUACUUUUUAUUUAUGAUUAUUUAUAAUAAGAGGCUUUUCACUUAAUUCAUUACCAAAAAUAUUUAGAAAAACGGAAAAACUAUAUAUUUUUCUCACAGUUUUUGUAUGGAACAAUAACUCAAAAGUCUGAUCACCUGGUCACCUGUGCUUGUCUUUUGAGACUGCUAUUGACCUUUUUUUAUUUCUCUUAUUAUUAUUAUAUUUUUUUGUUUUGAUAUCUGAACUGAUUUUCGACAUGUGGACCUUUCUUGGAAUUGUAAGUUUCACAUAUAUCUAUAAGAAAUGCGAUGCCCUGGUGAGUGACGCGCCCAGAGAGCUGCUGCUGGCCGCGGUGCUGUGCGUGUCUGUGGGGCUGAUUGUCACGUGUCUCGGCUUUCGUGGACAGACGCUUAAAACGCCUCAAUUUGUCCAGAUUCCUCUCAACCUCUUGACUUCAUUUCCUCCGACCAAAAAACUCUUCUCCAAGUCCACUACAGACUGUGGCAGUCGCACUUCUAAAAAGAAAGAUGUAAAGCGAAAGAGGGCGACAGACAGUCAGUCCAGUCAGGGAGAGGAUCCAGAGGUCAUCAUAGUGGGUGCUGGUGUGCUGGGGUCAGCGAUGGCCGCCGUUCUAGCCCGGGACGGCCGGAGGGUCACAGUGGUGGAGAGGGACAUGAGAGAACCAGAUCGAAUAGUGGGAGAACUUCUUCAGCCGGGAGGAUAUCGGGCACUCAAAGAACUUGGCCUGGAGGAUGCUGUUGAAGGUCUGGACGCCCAUGUGGUGAACGGUUAUGUAAUCCAUGACCUGGAGAGCCGAACGGAGGUGGAGAUCCCUUAUCCCCAUCAGGAGAGCAGCAUUCAGGGGGGACGUGCUUUCCAUCACGGACGCUUCAUCAUGGGACUGCGCCGAGCUGCUCUCGCUGAGCCCAAUGUGAAGUUUGAGGAGGGAACAGUGACCAGCCUGGAGGAAGAAGAUGGAUGUGUGACUGGAAUUCUGUACAGGGAGAAGGAUUCGGGGACGAUCAAGGAGAUCCAUGCUCCCCUGACUGUAGUUGCUGAUGGAUGUUUCUCCAAGUUCCGUAAGAAUCUGAUUUCUGGGAAAGCUAAAGUGUCUUCUCAUUUUGUUGGAUGCAUAAUAAAGGACUCUCCUCAGUUCAAGCCCAACCAUGCAGAGCUGGUUCUAGCUGAUCCCAGCCCAGUGUUGAUCUAUCAGAUCUCCUCCAAUGAAACUCGGGUUCUGGUGGACAUCAGAGGAGAGAUGCCUCGAGACCUUAUGGGGUACAUGACGGAAAAAAUUUACCCACAACUACCAGAGCACUUAAAGGAGCCGUUCAUUUUGGCACUUCAGAAUGAUCGUUUGAGAACAAUGCCUGCCAGCUUCCUGCCGCCUGCACCAGUCAAUAAACACGGGGUUCUGCUGUUAGGCGAUGCGUAUAACAUGCGCCAUCCUCUGACCGGUGGCGGCAUGAGUGUGGUGCUGAAUGACAUCCGCAUCUGGAGAGAGCUGCUCAAGAACAUCCCUGAUCUCUAUGACAACACAGCUGUGCUCCAGGCAAAGAAGAAAUUCCACUGGGAACGGAAAUCAUCUCAUUCAUUUGUGGUGAACGUUUUGGCUCAAGCUUUGUAUGAACUCUUUGCUGCGACUGACAAUUCACUGCAUCAGUUGAGAAAAGCCUGUUUCCACUAUUUCAAGCUUGGUGGAGAAUGCAUCAAUGGACCGAUCGGCCUUCUGUCCGUAUUGUCACCGAAACCCUUUACUCUGAUUGGUCACUUUUUUGCUGUGGCAUUAUACGCCAUAUACUUCAGCUUCAGAUCUGAAUCCUGGCUCACCAUACCACGAGCGCUGGUCAACAGCAUAGCCAUCCUGUACAGAGCCUGUGCCGUCAUGUUUCCUCUUAUUUACUCGGAGUUACAGUACCUGAUUUACUAGGAAGGAACUUCUGUCAAACUGAAAAAGAAACUGAUGUCUUCAGUCAUGGAACAUGACACAUCUGCUGGCUACAUCUGAGUGCCUAAUUAUUUGGGAAAAAGGGUUUCAUGUCAGACACUGCACAAGGAACAAGUCUCAGAUGAGGAAAUGCAUAUGGUGUCUGAUAGUAAUAGACAAAGACCCUUUGAUAUAGUGAAUUCAG